UAGUAGACCAGACCGUUUCUUCUUCUGCAGUUCACCUUCUCUUACUUUGCUGUUCCCCCGCGUUGAAAUUGCUCUCUUUAUAAAAACAAGAAGAGAUGCUUUGGAUUUCCAUCGUCCUGCUACCUUCUCCUGCAUUAAUCUUUCUAUCGAUAAUACGGAAUCUUAAUUGAUUUCUUACCAUCUGCCUUAUUAAACUCUUCAUUACACUCAUUCACAGAAUGUUUGGUUCAAAGAAAUCUCCCUUGAAGAUUUCUGAGCAUAACAAGGCUGACCCUGAAUGUCCUGCUCCUUCUCGGUCAAACCAUUUUGAAUCUGAGAAUGCGGUGGGCACCAAGAAAUCCCUUAAACCACCAAGGAAAACUUCUUCUGAACCCAAUCUAACUUCACCCAAUUUCCGCACCAAUCCUUUCGACAAUGAUGAAGAAAGAGGGUUGUCUUCUUCAUCUACAUAUUCCCUUGCUUUAUCCACAAGACAUAAGUACAAAAAUGAUUUCCUUGACUUGGGAGGACUAGAGAAUCAACCAGUUCAAGAAUUGGAGAAUUAUGCUGUUUACAAGGCUGAGGAGACUACAAAAGCAGUAAAUGGCUGCUUGAAGAUUGCUGAAGAAAUGAGAGAGGGUGCAACGACAACUUUGAUCACCUUGCAUCAACAGGGUGAGCAAAUCACCAAGACCCACAGUGUUGCGGUUGAGAUAGAUCAUGAUCUUAGUCGGGGUGAGAAGCUUUUGGGAAGUCUUGGGGGCAUGUUCUCUAAAACUUGGAAGCCGAAGAAGAAUCGUGCAAUUAGAGGCCCUGUUAUCACAAGAGAUGCUUCACCUCGAAGGAGGGGUAACCACUUGGAGCAGAGGGAGAAAUUGGGUUUGAAUCUUGCACCCAAGGAACGGUCAAGCACGAAAACACCCCUUCCGGAGACAGCCAACGCAUUUCAGAAAGUUGAGUUUGAGAAGUCAAAGCAAGAUGAUGCACUGUCUGAUUUGAGUAAUGUUAUAGGAGAGUUGAAGAAUAUGGCUGUUGACAUGGGGGCUGAAUUUGACAGGCAAGUCGGCGCUCUGGAUCACGUCCAGGAUGAUGUGGAUGAGCUAAAUUCCCGUCUUGGGGGAGCAAAUAAACGUGGCCUUCAUUUACUUCGAAAGUAGAGGAUAGGUUGUGAUGGUUGCCUGCAGUACUGAUCUGCUGAUGUCGGUCUCCCUCUUUCACUGUUAUUCUUUCUGCAUGUAUAAACUUGGAAUUCGAUGCUCUUAACCGAUAUGCAAAUACUUUGUAAUUUAAACAGUUGGUAUCUGGCAAUAUAUCCCAGUGAGACUUUUCCCAA